AAUUCACUCCUCAGUCGGUUCCCGAUAGUCGUGGUGGUAGUUGCGAGAGAGCGUCCAUGUAGUGCAAGAAUCAAACAUGGCCGCGAAGGAGAAGUGGAAGUCGCGUUGUUUUUUGUUCCUUUCGAUAUUUGUAAUGUAUGUGAAUGGAAUGUUUGUUCAUAGACACUGUAGCCACGUUCAUCCGAAACCUGAUGAGGUCAUAGGUGACGUCCACAUCGAACCCGCCCACGUUGUGAAGAAGAGAAGCAUAGACCAGCCACUCAGGAUCCUGCUGUAUUACGACGAAAGUGUGUACAGGCUCGAUAGGGAGAAAUUUGAGCUGAUAAAUAAUACGAUAUUGCCAGAGGCGGUCCACUUUUGGGAAAUGGCUCUCAUGGUCAGAAAGACUAACAGCGUAAUACGGCUGAACAGAAAAUGCGAGAACAACCAGGUGUUCUACAGGAAAGGUGAACCUUAUCCAUACUGCAAAAAUGCCUGUGAAGAGAGGACGAUGUGUGGCGAAGUUCAAGUACCAGAACACCAUCUAGAAGUGUGUAGGACGUGCAAUGCGACGGGCCAGGACUGCGGCACGUUGAAUUCCGACAGAGGUCCCGGGAUUGACGGAGCUGAUUUCGUGUUUUAUGUAUCGGCGAUGGAGACAGAAAGGUGCCACAAAGGAAUGACUGUGGCGUACGCAGCACACUGCCAACAGGAAGCAGCACUAGAUAGGCCGAUAGCGGGACACGCUAACCUGUGCCCCCAGAGCAUAAGUACAAAGCCGCAAGAACUUGAGAUAUUGCUUUCAACGGUGAAACAUGAAAUCCUUCAUGCCUUGGGCUUCUCAGUCAGUCUGUAUGCGUUCUACCGUGAUGAGGAAGGAAAUCCGCUAACUCCACGAGGGGACUCUGGCAAGCCACAUCUCAACGAGAGGCUUCUGACUCGACAGUGGAGUGAUCGUGUGAUUAAAUCAGUAGUGCGCAGAAACUGGCUCGUUCAUGGUGGUCGAAUGGAUCGAGAGGUGCAGGUGAUGGUCACCCCUCGAGUGGUGGAGGAAGUGCGCAACCACUUUGGUUGCUGGGAACUGGAGGGAGCCGAGUUGGAGGACCAGGGGGAAGAGGGAACUGCUCUCACACACUGGGAGAAAAGGGUGUUCGAGAAUGAAGCCAUGACAGGAACGCACACGCAGAACCCUGUUUACUCACGCAUCACUCUGGCACUGAUGGAGGACACGGGUUGGUACCGUGCCAAUUACAGCAUGGCACAGCCCCUCAGCUGGGGCAAGGACUUCGGCUGUGACUUUGCAAUGAAGAGCUGUAAGGAGUGGAUGGACAAUAAGACCAUGAGUGGUAAAUCAAUACACCCGUUCUGCAACAAGGUGAAACGCGAUCCCUUGGAGACGGAGUGUACCGAAGACCGCAGCUCCGUGGCUCUCUGCAAUCUGGUGGAGCACCAAGAUAAACUUCCAGUAAUGUACCAGAAUUUUGACUCGAUCCCACAUGUGAAACCGGGGCAGGAGAGCUACUUCGGUGGUUCUGUUUCAUUGGCCGACUACUGUCCAUAUAUCCAGGAGUUCACGUGGCGUUCCAAGAAUGUGAUUGUGCGGGGUUCCCACUGCCAGUACAACGAGAAUAAUCCAAGUCAAGAAAAGAACUUUGCGCUGGAGCAGUAUGGAUCAAACUCUCGAUGUUUUGACCACACGAAUCAAAUGUGGGAAGAAUGCUCAUGUCAACAAGUGCGGCGGUGGCAGCACUGGGGUUCUGGGUGUUACCAGUUCACUUGCCAGGCGGGCCGGUUGCACAUUAUGGUGGCAAACUACACAUAUACAUGUUAUUUCCCAGGGCAAGAGUUGUCCAUUCUCAUAAUAUCAAAUGGUUGGCUUCAUAGGGGCGCUCUCGUGUGUCCACCCUGCGAGGACCUAUGCCAGGUGGAGUUGCUGCAGUUAGGAGAUAGAUGUAAACCGGCCUCAGUGCUGCCUCCAUUGGCCGUGUACCACAAAGAUGAACUGACAUGCAGCUCCGAGCGCCGCGUCGCCUCCCUUGCUCUGACUGUGAUACUAGCACUGGCAGCCGCUGUCAUCAGGUGGCCUUGAUAACUAGCUGUCGCCUAGCAAACCACAUUCCACCCCUUUGUAGGAUGUAAUACACUUGCCAGCUGUGAUACUUGACGUCACAUUCCUUCCUGUACAGACGUGUACAUAAGACACUAAUAAUCCAGACCUGUGUUCUGGAACUCAGGUAAAUAAGAAAUUUUGAGAAAGACUUUUAAAGGAAUUGCUUGGCGAAGUGUGCCCCGUUCACUGUACAAUGUGGUCUUUAAGAGCUGAACUUUACGUUGAUGUAAGCAGUAGUCAUCGUUUCUGAAGAUGUAAGUGGCGCGACGGAAAGUACGUCGGCUCAAAUGCCGUAUAGUUACGACUUCAUCGAGUUAUUGACCUGUGAUAAAAAUGUGGGAUUGAGGCAGACUGUUUGUUCCUGUAAAGACUUUUGGUUGCUCAAAGUUUCUGGUUAAGAAACAGGCAAUACAGAACUAGUAUUUACACUGCACAUUAAAAUCUGCCACGUCUCUUGGGCUGUGCUUAAAUUUGUGGCAUUUUGAUUCUGUAUAUUUAUAAUUAUGAUUUGAGAUAUCUCAAUUAUGGCAGUUCUUACGGCAGCAAGUUUUAAGGUGACUGACGUCUGGGAUCUUGCAUCAUGUAAUCUCUUAAAAAAUCACCAAUGAUAUUUCAGAGGUACCGCCUUUGAAACUAAAGUCUGGGUCUUAUGAGGCCAUAUGAAAGAAGGUCUCAAGAGACAGUCACCGGGAGUGGGUCUCCUUCCAUUGGAACUUUAAACGCAUUUAUUGAUAGGUCUUUAGCUAAUAAUUUUGGCCGGCGUGUGUAGUAAUGUAAUUCUGUGACAUGUUCACUGCGCUACUUAAAAUGUUCCUCAUAACUAGGAGCAAAUCAGAAUCUGGAUGAUGAUAGAUCAAUCACACAAACAUAUCCAAUUACAAUUUUGUCUGGAAACACGUUGUACGACGUCGCUCGGAAGGUUAAUAUUAAAAUGAAUCUUACAGACGUGGGUUAUGUGAGGAUGCAAAAACCAGAUUCUAGUGGCUUAGUGUAUGGUUCAAGGUUGAUAUUUAACAAUGAUGUACCAACUAUAAAGUUGGUGAAUGGUGUAGUGAUGAUUAUGUACGGUGAAAUGGGAAGGUCUGGAUCUUUUUCAAGAUAGUAUCCGAAAAAUUCAGAUGGGACUGAGGAAAAUUAUGUUAGAAUUAUCUGAAUAGGCAGUGCUCCAGCCAGAAUUCAAACUUGAUAUCCAUAAAUACAGAUCGGCCAUGUUAAAACUUUAAUUAAAUUAAUUUCUUACAGGAGGUCUUUAUGCACAGAAUAUGGUUCAAAAUCAUUCAAGUGUGUAUUUUGUAGAUACAAGGUGAUGAGCCUCACCCCCACUACCGUCAGACGCGUACCAACUUCUGACAUUCAUACAGUGAACAUGUAAUCUUGUUCUGUUGUUUAUGUUGAAGUGAUAGAAUAUUAACUUUCCUCUCUCAUUGUAAGACUGAGAGAGCUUCGAAGUGUUAAUAAAACCAAAGUGUUUUCGAUA